AAAUGAAGAGGUCUUAUAUAUGAAAAUUCCAGUUUCAGCUUGCAAGAGAGAUAGAAAGUUAGAUAGUAUAGAAGCUAGUAGAGAUUUUGGAGAUGUAAAAAUUGGUAUCAUAGAUAUAGAGGAGGCAGUAAUAUAUAGAGUAAUAAAAGAUAGAAAG